GCUCCAGCGACGCUCGCGGGGGUCAGGAACGGAUCUGUGAGCGGAGAAUGGAGCGCGGCCGCCCGCUGUAGGACUACACGCACACGCACACGUUCCCCACGCGUUUACAGGCACGAGGAUGAGCGCAGGGCACACACGGAGGAUCAGACGCGCGCGGGCAGACAAUGUCAGGAUAUGUUUCGGGCCGUAGUGAGUGUUAAUCAUGUCUGAUAGUGUUGAUAUUGAGGAGAAGCCGCCCGCUCCGCCGCUGAGAAUGAGCAGCAGCUCCCGCGACUCUUCCCUGCACAGUUCUAAACCGCUUCCAAUGGCUCCGGAGGAAAAAAACAAGAAAUCAGCCAGGCUACGAUCCAUCUUCCCUGGAGGGGAUAAGACGAAUAAGAAGAAAGAGAAAGAGCGUCCAGAGAUUUCUCUUCCCUCGGAUUUUGAACACACCAUCCAUGUAGGAUUCGACGCAGUUACAGGAGAGUUCACUGGCAUUCCUGAGCAGUGGGCUCGAUUAUUGCAGACCUCUAACAUCACUAAGCUGGAACAGAAGAAGAACCCUCAGGCAGUUAUAGACGUACUGAAGUUCUAUGACUCUAAAGAGACAGUGAACAACCAGAAAUACAUGAGCUUCACUUCUGGAGAUAAAUCGGCUCAUGGAUACAUAGCGGCUAACACUUUGAACCGCCUCCUGUCCUCCGGGCCACCAGUCAGCCUUAGAACCUGCAGCGCAUUAUUUGACAAGCAGCAGGGAGCUAAGACAGCGUCCGAGCCUCCGCUCGCUCCUCCGGUGUCCGAGGAGGAAGACGAGGAAGAAGAGGAGGAGGACGAAGAUGAAGACGACGAUGAUGAUGAGGUGCCGCCCAUCAUCGCUCCUCGACCGGAACACACCAAAUCUAUCUACACUCGCUCUGUAAUCGAGCCGGCAGCUCCGCCUGCCCCAGUUAAAGAGGUCACGACCCCGCCGGAGUCCCAGGUGCAGCCGGAGGACACGACGUCCAGCACACUGUACCGGCACACUGACCGGCAGAGGAAGAAAUCUAAGAUGACCGACGAGGAGAUACUCGAACGACUCAGGAGCAUCGUCAGUGUUGGCGAUCCAAAGAAGAAAUACACACGCUUCGAGAAAAUAGGACAAGGGGCGUCUGGGACAGUUUACACAGCCAUCGACAUCGCCACCGGACAGGAGGUGGCUAUAAAGCAGAUGAAUCUGCAGCAGCAGCCGAAGAAAGAGCUGAUCAUUAACGAGAUUUUGGUGAUGAGGGAAAACAAAAACCCCAACAUCGUAAAUUACCUGGACAGUUAUCUGGUAGGUGAUGAGCUGUGGGUGGUGAUGGAGUAUUUAGCUGGUGGUUCUCUCACUGAUGUUGUAACAGAAACUUGUAUGGACGAGGGACAGAUCGCUGCAGUGUGCAGAGAGUGUUUGCAGGCUCUGGACUUCCUUCACUCCAAUCAGGUGAUUCACAGAGACAUCAAGAGUGACAACAUCCUGCUGGGGAUGGACGGCUCUGUCAAACUGACGGAUUUCGGGUUCUGUGCUCAGAUCACUCCGGAGCAGAAUAAGCGCAGCACUAUGGUGGGCACUCCGUACUGGAUGGCUCCGGAGGUCGUAACUCGGAAGGCGUACGGCCCUAAAGUGGACAUCUGGUCUCUGGGCAUCAUGGCCAUCGAGAUGGUGGAGGGGGAGCCGCCGUAUCUCAACGAAAACCCACUCAGGGCGCUGUACCUGAUUGCCACCAACGGCACUCCAGAACUGCAGAACCCUGAGCGUUUAUCCUCCGUCUUCAGAGACUUCCUCAACCGUUGCCUGGAGAUGGACGUGGACCGUCGGGGGUCCGCUAAAGAGCUGCUGCAGCAUUCGUUCCUGAAGCUGGCCAAACCUCUGUCCAGUCUGACACCACUGAUUGUAGCCGCCAAGGAAGCCAUCAAGAACAGCAGCCGCUAGAGGGGCCGUCACGCACACACACACACACACACACACAAACACACACAAACACACACAAACACACACACACACACACACACACACACACACAAACACACCUGAAAACAUGGGUGAAGCAGGAUUACACAGCCACAUUAAAUCUACGGUUCACUCGCGCUGGAUGAAAGACAGCUACAUUUGGGAAAACUGCUGCCCCCCCUCAGCGCUCGGCCCCCCAAACUCUCUCCAGGGUUAUCCACAGUGUGUGUGUGUGUCUACAGUGAGCCCACCUCUCCAGUGUCUGAAAGAGGGAUGAAAACAAAGACUGCAGAACGGAGGAGUGUGGAUUACAGUGGCGGUGUUAAAAGCGCUGUGAAGUGUCUGGCCUGUUGGACUUAAAUCUAAUUUAAGAUAAUCUGAUCUAAUCUGAACUGCAGCGUUGGAUUAUUGGCACUUUGGAUUUCGGCUGAAACCCACAGUCUCUGGAUCUCUUCAGUACAACUGCAUGACCCUCUAGACUCCGCCUACCUACAGCAAUCAGCUCCAUAUUCACUGUGUGUGAGCGCGAGUGUGUUUGUGUGAGAGGGUCUGAUGGAAAACGUAACAGUUACAUGACGACAGCCCUGUUUUAGCUGGAUUAGUAUCUAAAGUACACACUUUCUUUAAAGGUUCUGUAGGAAAGACAGUGGUUCUUUUUAGAACCAUGACUUCCAUGAAGAACCAUUUCAUGCUUAGAUGUU